UCAAAGUUUGAAAAUCGCAAGACUACUAAAACUAUAAACUUUUUCAGUCAUUACAUUGCAUUUUUUUGCGAAGUGUUGUCGCUCUUUCACACUCUCGCAAGCUCCGUCACUUGCUCUGAACCACCACUGCUAUUCCAUGAAUACCACGCAAGUUAAAACAAGCAAACUUGAACUUAUAAAGCUUACUUCACUCACUGCUCACCCUUGAAACACUAUUUUCAACUUCUGUUAACAGCAAGCUAAAAGAUUAACCCCCUCCCCCUCUAAAAGUUCUUUCUUUUGUUUCUCUCUCUCUGUCUUUGCUUGUCCGUUACCAUGGAAGCUCUUAAUUUCAUCAGGUUUUGGAGACCUAGCAAUGGUGGUCACAAAGAGAAUCGAGCUCAACCAUGUGGUGGUAACAGCAGCACCACCGAGGUUCCAAAGGCUUUGAUUGCUUCAGAUCACGAGUUGGAUGAAGGGGACGACUCUUUCUUCGAUUUGGAGCUUCCUGUGCCUGAGUUUUGCCACAAGGGAAAUGUUGAUGGCAACUGCCGUGAAGAAAACGGUGUUAAUGGCGACAAGAGAUUUGACUCCAAGGAAGAACAACCUCGUUCUUUUUCUCCCAAUGAUAACUUCUCCAAAAGAAAAAUCAUCCCAAUUGAGACAAGCUCCAAGCCUCAAUACCCCAUAGCUUUGUUAAAAUCAGCUCCAAAAUUUCGAGUCUUUACCUUGAGGAAGUCGAAGUCAAUGGCAAAUAGCAGUAGCACAUUAGAAGACAAAGCUGAAUUGAUUGGUAUUUCUAUGAAGACCCCAAAGCAUGAAAAACAAGGUAGCAACAAGCAUCUCAAAGCUAAUAUCAAAACGGAUAAGUCUUCAAACUUCCCGAUCUUCACCAGGGAAAGUAGCUCCCGGAAAAUCAAAGGGAAAACAGAGGACGAUUUUUCAAAGAGAUUGUUGAAAGAUCUGAUGCAAAAAUACUUGAAUAAAAUCAAGCCAUUGUCCAAAAGGAACAGUCUAAGUGACAAGAUAAGAGUCUCAGGUGUGUUACCGAUGUCAUCUCCGGCAACGGAAUUCUCCAUGAAGGAGAAACAAGGGAAUCUUAGAGGGGUUUGCAAGCUAUUGGGAAAGAGUAGAUCAACCUCGUCUGCGUCAUCGUCCAUUAGUAGGAGAGACGAUUCUCUGCUAUUGCAGCAUGAUGGGAUCCAAAGCGCCAUUUUGCAUUGCAAGAAAUCUUUGAACUCGUCAAGAGCAGAAUCUUCUAGGUUAUCGAGAUGUACAAGUGAUUCUUCACAGGAGAAGUUAAGCAAUGCAUCUUCUACAGAUUCUUCUCUAUUGUCAAGAGUAACAAGCAAUUCUUCAUACGAGAAACUGAUGGAUUCUGCAAGAAUAUCCAGCGAAGAAGGAAACGCCUUCAGCACCUGAAGUAAUAGAAAACCCAGGAAACAGAAUGUUGUUUAAUCAACGCUAUAGAAAGGAAACAUUGGAUAGAGACUUUUGUUUUUAAUUGCCAACAUCAUGAUGAUGUAAAAAAAAAAAAAAAGAGAACUUAGAGGGGAUAGGAUUGUCGUUUGAUUGCUAGAUAUGAUGAAAAACAAUAUAGAGUAGGUUCACUUGUAAAGGUGAUGUACAAUUAUGGAGAAAAUGGAAGUAACCCUAGAUUUGGAUUAUUCGUUUUCCUUUGAGUGACUGUUUUGAUCUUGUAUAUCUGCAAUUAAGCGUUAUGUUACCUCUGAAAGGUAAGCUGUUCAAAUCAAAGAUGUGAUAUUUUCUGGAUUUGAAGAAACUGAAA